AUGUCUGAGCCGAAUUCUACCCUCCCCGCAUGCUCCUCUUCUCCUCCAUCCGUCCCGCCCUCCGACGCCACAGCCGCCGCUCUCAACUACGCCUUUCUCGUCCAUUCCCAAAAGACAUUGACGCAAAACCUGCCUCCCAGAGUGGACAACAAGCUGCUGGCUCGUCAGAAACGUCGUCGGACUAGUCCGGAGGACCAUGCUAUUCUAGAGGCUGAGUAUCAGCGGAAUCCGAAGCCGGAUAAGACUGCGAGGGCGGAUAUUGUUAAUCGUGUUUCAUUGGGGGAGAAGGAGGUGCAGAUUUGGUUCCAGAACCGCCGUCAGAAUGAUCGUCGGAAGUCGAAACCGCUUCAACCUCAUGAACUCCUCGCACCGUGUGCUAUAGCAGACGAAUUGAGAGAGGGCGAUGAUAAUAUGUCGGCGGAACGCAGCACGGUGGAGCAGGGUGACCUUGACAAUGCACCGUCGUCGGACGCGUUGCAGUCUUCGUUCGAGUCGGACCCUGUAUCUGGUGCUGAGGACAAGGAUGAGCAGGAACAGUCUAUUCAGAGCUCUCAGACGAGCUUGGAUUCAGAGACGUCUGAAGUCCCCCAGCAGCCAAACGAGGAGGCAGCACCAGAGCCUGAACCUGAACCAGUGAAGAACCCCGAAACCACACAACCAGACGCAUCACAGUUGAGCACCACCAAGCGAAAGCGAUCGGUGACUGACCUGCGUGGUGAUGCAUCUGCACCCCAGCCAGCAGAGAAAGACGCGUCAAAAGACUUCAAGUCACCACCCUCGCUGCGGAUUUCACUAUCGUUUGAUGGCGAGGCAAUGGUACGGAAAGAGGGUGAAAUGACCCCAUCCCCACCAAAGGGACAAAAUGCUCUCCGCAUAUCCAUGUCUUCGGAUGGAAAGGCAGUCAUCCGUACGGACGAUGAACCCUCUCCAUCCAAGAACCGUAUAUCCAUGUUCUCUACUCGGAAGUCCCGCUUCGCAGGUCUUCGACGGAGUAACAGUGCAAUCCUGCCCGCAACGCCGCGAGUGGCCUCGAGUGAGAAAGAGAGAAUGUUCGGUCGAUCUCGUGAUCCCCGUAACUGGGAGUCCGUCUUCGACACGGACGCCAGAAGUGCCCUGUCAACUCCUGGUAGCGCCCAGAGUGCGCCACAUAGCACCCCAGGGCUCUUCCGCUCCCGUGGCCAGCGAUCGUUGACCCGAAGCCUUUCCUCAAGGCAGAAUGCCUUUGCCAACAACUCCCCCAGCCAUCCUGACACUCCGGUGCCCAUGCAGGCAGGAGAUAAGAGGCGGAAGCUUUCUCGCACGGUCUCGUCUCUCGGACGACUGGAGUUGAACAGAGCAAAUGCAUUGGGUCAGGUAUCGGGUAACUCUCUCAAGAUGCCCAAACUCCUGGGCAGCUCCAAGAAGAACGAUGAAGACUUUGAGUUCCACAACGGUGAUUCGGACAAAGAGAACUGGAUCCCAGGCACCCGGGUCUCCAACCCUCUUAUGAUGGGCAAAACCCCGCGUGUGGCGAUUAUCGGAGCUGGCAUCUCCGGCCUACGAUGCACAGAUAUCCUCGGCCAGAACGGCGCUCAAGUCACGAUUUUUGAGGCGAGAGAUCAAGUUGGGGGAAGGAUCGCCCAGAGCAAGGUUGGGGAUCACUUGGUUGAUCUCGGACCGAACUGGAUUCACGGUGGUCAAGACAACCCAAUCUCAGUUAUCGCGGAGUCAACAAAUACCAAACUCGAAGAUUUUGACGAGAAUCAAAUCGUUUUCUCUAGAGAUGGAACACCACUCGACGACAAACUCGCCGCCAAAGUUUCCGAUUUCGUGUGGACGACUGUUGAAGAGGCAUUUGAAUACAGCAAUAUAUACAAAGAUAGUAUCCCGUCGGAUCGGAGCUUAUUUGAUUUCUUCAAAGAAAGGGUUGAGAAGAGGGGUUUCAGUGAGGCGGAGAAAGAGGCUUGUCUUGAGAGUUGUAGGUUGUGGGGGUCAUAUGUUGGGGAUCCAAUUGAGAGACAGAGCUUGAAGUUCUUUUGUUUGGAGGAGUGUAUUGAUUCGAGUAAUUGUUUUGUGUCUUCUACGUAUCAGAAGAUUCUGGAGUUUGUGUCUAAGGCUGCGCUGAAAAAUGCGGAUGUUCGGUUCAAUCAGCCUGUUGUGGGGAUUGAAGCGCAACCUCGCGAGUCACAGAAAGACCAGCAGGUUGUGCUGUCCACUGCAGAUGGACAAAAGCACCGAUUCGACGAGGUCGUCGUGACCUGUCCUUUGGGCUGGCUUAAACAAAACAAAGCUGCCUUUACUCCGGACCUUCACCCUCGUCUUAUCCAGGCUAUUGAUAGCAUUUCCUAUGGCCGUCUUGAAAAAGUCUAUGUGACAUUUCCGCAGGCCUUUUGGCAUACCGAGGGAGUGGAAUUAAAAGCCCCAAACUUCGCCAUGUUCCUUGAUCCAACAUAUACAAACCAUCCGAAAGAGAUCACCUGGAACCAAGAAUGCGUUUCUCUUGCAACCCUCGGUCCACAGGCCCACCCAACCCUCCUCUUCUACAUCCACGGGCCCUGCGCGAGCCACGUCGUUUCCAACAUCUCGAAUUUGUCACCUUCGUCAUCUGAAUACCACGACUAUCUCAACGACUUCCUCCACCCCUUCUAUUCCCGUCUGCAUGGCUACUCCGCUGCAUCUGCAGACUGCAAACCCCUCGCUUUCCUCGCAACACAAUGGCAAACAGACCCAUACGCAGGCAACGGCUCGUACAGCAACUUCCAGGUCGGCUUGGAACAAGGCGAUAAGGAUAUCAAAGUCCUCCGCGACGGUGCCGGAAUUGGGAAAGAACGCGGGGUCUGGUUUGCCGGCGAACAUACAGCGCCAUUCGUAGCGCUCGGAACAACGACGGGAGCAUACUGGAGCGGAGAAAGAGUAGCCACAAGAGUAUGUCAAAUCUACGGACUUGAUGGAGUUGGAAUUGGAACCGGGAGGGAUGAUUCUCUCCCUUCGCAGGUCUCGAUUGCCUAG